AUGGCCCCAAGGUUACUUCCCGGAGCUGGAGCGUUGGCCGCCCAGGCCCUGAGGGCCCGCGGCCCCAAUGGGGUGGCGGCAGUGUGCAGGAUGGCGACUGGAGGCGGCAUCCCUACGGACGAAGAGCAGGCGAUGUGGCUGGAGAGCGGGGUCAGGAUGGCCGCACGCCAAGGGCCCGAUCCAUGCAAUAUGCUUACUCCGAAGGCAGCCGCAGACACCAAAGAGGGCCCUAAUUUGGUCCCCUCCAUCACCAACAAGGGACCCGUGGGCUGCAUCUGUGAAGAGGACAACAGUGCUGUCAUCUGGUUUGGGCUGCACAAAGGUGAUGCUCAGCGAUGCCCUAACUAUGGAACCCAUUAG